GGGAGCUGCCUGCCUCUCCGGGGCCCGGGGCCCGUUGAGUCAGGUUCGCCUGCGGCCCCUCCUCUCCACUCCUCUUCCCCUCUCCCUGUAGGUGUGUCUUGGGCUCUGCGGCUGCCUGUCCCACUCCUGCUAAGACGCCGUGUGAGAGGUCACCCACCGCACCUCCAGCAAGCCCGACACAGACCAGCCAGGCAACCCACAAUGGAAGCUGCAGAUGCCUCCAGGAGCAGUGGGGCCAGCCUGGAAGCCAGGGGAGCCCACAGCUCCCUGGGCCCCAAAGGCAGCCUGGAGAAUGGGGCCAAGGCCGAAGGCAAAGAGGCCAAUAGCACCGACGGGCACGGCAGGGAAGGGGCCGAGGGCAAGAGCCUGGGCGGCUCCCUGAAGCCAGGCGAGGGAAGGGGCUCCCUGUUCUUGGGCAACAAGGGGCGGCGGCCCAUCAUUCAGUUUGUUGAGUCUGUGGAUGACAAGGGCUCCAACUACUUCAGCAUGGACUCUGGAGAAGGCAAGAUGUCCCCCUAUGCCAGGCUCCAGAUGGGGGCCACCAAGAAGCCACCCGUCACCUUUGCCGAGAAGGGGGAGCCGCGCAGGUCCAUCUUCUCGGAGCUCCGCAAGCCCACGGUGUCCAUCACGGAGCCGGGGGACCUCCAGCAGAACAGCUCCCCCCGGGCCGCCUCGAGCAACCUCCUGCGCUCCAAGUCGGGCUCCGAGGAGGUCCUGUGCGACUCGUGCAUUGGCAACAAGCAGAAGGCCGUCAAGUCCUGCCUGGUGUGUCAGGCCUCCUUCUGUGAGCUGCACCUCAAGCCCCACCUGGAGGGCGCCGCCUUCCGUGACCACCAGCUGCUCGAGCCCAUCCGGGACUUCGAGGCCCGCAAGUGCCCCCUGCAUGGCAAGACCAUGGAACUCUUCUGCCAGACGGACCAGACCUGCAUCUGCUACCUCUGCAUGUUCCAGGAGCACAAGGGCCACAGCACCGUGACCGUGGAAGAGGCCAAAGCCGAGAAGGAGACAGAGCUGUCACUGCAAAAGGAGCAGCUGCAGCUCAAGAUCCUCGAGAUCGAAGAUGAAGCUGAGAAGUGGCGGAAGGAGAAGGACUGCAUCAAGAGCUUCACCGCCAACGAGAAGGCCACCCUGGAGCAGAACUUCCGAGACCUGAUGCAGGACCUGGAGAAGCAAAAGGAGGAAGUGAGGGCUGCACUGGAGCAGCGGGAACAGGAUGCUGCAGACCAAGUGGAGGUGAUCGUGGAUGCUCUGGAUGAGAGGGCCAAGGUGCUGCAGGACGACAAGCAGAUCAGGGAGCAGAUACACAGCAUCAGUGACUCAGUGCUGUUUCUGCAGGAAUUUGGUGCCUUGAUGAGCAGUUACUCUCUCCCGCCGCCCCUGCCCACCUAUCAUGUUCUAUUGGAGGGGGAGGGCCUGGGGCAGUCGCUGGGCAACUUCAAGGACGACCUGCUUAACGUGUGCAUGCGCCACGUUGAGAAGAUGUGCAAGGCGGACCUGAGCCGUAACUUCAUCGAGAGGAACCACAUGGAGAACGGGGGUGACCAACGCUACAUGAACAGCUACAGUAACAGCUACACCGGCGAGUGGAGUGCUCCAGACACCGUGAAGAAGUACUCCAUGUACCUCACAUCCAAGGGUGGGGCCAGGACGUCGCAUCAGCCGAUGUCCCCCAGCCGCUCCUCCAAGGAGAAGCCCUUCAACAAUCUGUAUGGCACCAAAGGUAACUACACCUCCCGGGUCUGGGAAUACUCCUCCACUCAGAGCUCCGAUGACCUGCCUGCUGUGCAAAGCAGCUCUUCCUUCUCCCUGAAAGGCUAUCCUUCCCUCCUCAGGAGCCAGAGCCCCAAGGCCCAGCCCCAGACUUGGAAAUCCAGCAAGCAGAAUUAUCUGUCGCCCUGCCGGCCCUUCUACGUCAACAAAGGCGACGGGAUCGGGUCCAACGAGGCCCCUUGAGUGCCACGCAGGCAGGAACGAGGCUCUGCCACCCCUGCCCUCCCCAGCCAGCCCUGCUGCCCUUGCUGCCCUUCUCAUCUGGGUGGGAGGGGGCCUGGCCCUCCCCCCGCCCCGCCCUCCCCUGCUCUCUCAGGGCCGCCUGGCCUCCCCCUCCUCCCCAUCAGCCACGCUCCAUCCAGGCCCCCUCCUGCUCUGUGACUAAGGAUCACCAUCUUUCCUGUGCUCAAAGGCCAACCCUCAUGCGGGUGAGAGAUAAGGCUUUUCUCCCCUAACACGCCACAUUCCCCCUUUUGGGUGGGAUCCUUGGGGCCGGUAGCGGGUGCCCACACGGUACCGGCCUGCUUCCCCCGCCCAGGCCCCUGCUGUCUUCAGGCCUGUUGGCCCUUUCUCUCCAAGGCCCCUUACCCCGUGAUGCUGUCAGUAGGUGCCUGGCCAUGACAGCCGCCCAUCUCCCAUCCACACGGGCCCACUUCUUCCCAGCAGCCUGGCCCCCUAGGAGAAGACUGGCCCCAUGUGCCCUGCUCUGGUCCUACCUACCCAGGCUCAGCGUGGCAGGGCCUGCAGCCCUUGGCCACCACAGAGGAAAAGCUCUCAGUGUCUUGGCAUCACCCUGCCCGGCCCUGGGUCUCCCCACAUCCACCGCGAGUCUGUGGUCCCUGAGGACGGGCUCUCCUGGCUGGCAGGAUGAUCUUCACCAAGGUGUUCCUUUCUUCUACCUGCUGAGAUAAGCGAUUCCCUUGAUGUGAUAUACUCCACCCAUGAAAAUAGCUACCGGCCCAGCUGCUCCGAGGCAAACGUUUCAUUGGUUUCAUAAUUGUGUUUCUCCCUGACAAUGGGAAGUGAGCAGGCUGGCGAAAGUGUGGCUGGGCUGGUAGCCGCGGGGGCUUAUUUACAAUGUGCCUUACACCCUGCCCGCACCCCCAUC